AUGGGUCCAAGUCAUCGGCAGCAUGACAAGGGGCUUAAGUGCCGGUGGUACGUGCUGAACGCAGCACACCAGGCCUCCCAGCGUCAAAAUCUCUCAGCCUGCACUGUCAAAAAGCCACUGAUGCACCACAAGAGACCUCUGGCGACCACUGAGCUGCACAAACACACUUCCCAUACCAUCACAGGACCUGGACGUGUUUCCAUGCACACAGAGUAUUUUUUAGGUCCAACAGUUGCACCGAGUGUUCCUGCAGUGGCUCCAGAGACUCCAGACUCACCACUCAAUGAUAACGGACACAAUGAAUCAAUAAACUUUGAUGUCGUUGAUGGUGCUUACAUGGAUUAUCUCGCUGAGAUGGAUGAGGGACCUAAAAACCUGCUUCGACUGGAUGGCCGUGGUGAUUAUGUCUCUCAAGAUUCAUGUCAAGGUUGUGCAGAAUGCCCACUUCCUCCUCUGUAUCGGUGCAAAGAUUGCUUUUCCACAGAGUUGUACUGUCAACGAUGCACUGUGGAGAAGCAUCAUGCAAAUCCAUUGCACAGAAUUGAGCGCUGGAAUGAUGGUUAUUUUGCCCAUACAACACUCAAAAUCCUUGGACUACGAGUCCAGCUUGGACAUCCCAGCGGGGAGUGUUGCUACAGCCCAUCCACAGCAUUUCAUGAUGACUUCAUAGUGCUCAAUAUCAGCAGUGUGCAUGAGAUCGCACUCGACUUCUGUGGAUGUGAAAUUGCUCAAUCUCCCGUUGUUCAGUUGUUGCGCACACGGUUGUACCCUUCUAUGACUGUUGAUCCCAAGAGUGCCGCUACCUUCCAUCUUCUACACCACUUUCACAUUCUCUCCUUCAAGUCCAAGGCAUCUGUCUUCGAAUAUUGGCAGACAUUGGCUCGUCUCACAGAUAACACAGGAGUAAGUCCUCCCAAGGAUCGUUGUGGUCAUGACCCUGCUGGUGUUUGCGCUGCCACACCAGGCGCCUGCACAGUGUUGUGUGCUGCAUGUCCCCAGCCAGGAAAGAACAUGCCGGAUGGCUGGGAAAAGGCCCUGCCUGAAGUUCGUUGGAAAUAUGCCCUUUUCCUGGCGAUUGACGCAAACUUUCGUUUGGCAAGGAAAAAUGUUUCCUCUGACAAACUCGACCCCAGUCUGAGUCAGGGGUGGUCAUACUUUGUUGAAGAACGCGGAUUUAAAUCGUUUCUGAAUGAAGCAGGAACACUCCCUCAAGAGAAAAGCACGUGCGCAAGUCAUAGUGCUGUGAAUCUUGCAGACACGAAAAAUGCACGAGGUUUGGCGACCACAGGUGUAGGUACAGUGGACUGCGCUCGUCACAAUCUCAAACGACCAUGUGCAGUUGGCGACCUUCAGAAGGGUGAAAGAUACAUUAAUAUGGACUAUCUGCUCUUCUCGACAUUGCAACAGACUCGCGACGUCAUGGUUCUCAACAUAUCAUAUGAUAUCACUUGUCAAUGGAGUAAGAACCUCUGGGACCACAUGUCAAGAUAUCCCUCUGCAAUUCAUUUUAACCACAGCAACAAGACCGUCAUAUUCCUCGUCCCCAAGUUUCACCUUCCUGCUCACAUUGCUGCUUGCCAAAUCACAUUCUCAUAUAACCUGGUGAAGGGUGUUGGUCGAACUGACGGCGAAGCUCCCGAGCGUGGUUGGGCCAACAUCAAUCCAGUGGCAACAAGCACACGCGAGAUGGGGCCAGGCUCAUGGAGGGACACCCUAGAUGAUCAUUUUGGGGAUUUCAAUUGGAAGAAGGUGACAAACUUCGGUAUCAGCCUUUUGCGCAAGAUAAAGUCAGCUAUCCCAGAACGUGAUCUCCACGUAUGCGAUUUCGACGAUUUCAAUCACACACUAUCACAGGAGCGACCAAACGAAGUCAAAACAUGGAAGUCGGCAGUUGAAAUAUGGGAAGAAGACAGAUCGCAGCCUAAUCCUUUCAAGAUAAAGAGCAAACUGAUGUCACAAGCUGCUGUGCGCCUCAGUCUCUCACAAAAAGAAGCCAGGGAUCUAGAAUGCGGGGUCAAUGUUUUCCUUCACUCCGAUAUCUCCCCAAGUAUAUUGAUUUCCUCUGGCAUAGACUAUGAGGAUCAACAAUGUUGUCUUCAGCGUGACCAUCACGCCCUCGGCGAUCAUGCCACCGACCUGCAGCUUGCGAAGUUCCAGGAACGCAGCAACACAUUGCAGCGCAAGAUUGCUCAAUGGUGUAAGAUCCAGCUACUGUACCUCCCCUCAGUGGCUUGUGUUCGAACCUCCGACAUCGAGUCUAGUAUAGAUUCUACCCAGGAGGAGAAACCCUAUGACAUUAAGCUGUGGUUGCCGUCACAGAUUAGGCGAGAGAUGCUGCUUCCAUGCAAUGAUAGUCUCUCCGAAUAUGAGUGGGACUUAUGGCGUGCCCAGGCCUUUGACGCCCUCGAUGAUCUCUGCCGGUACCUCCGACUUCGAACACAUCUAUAUAAGUUCAAGGAUGCUCAAAUUCGCGGUCAACGGGCAAAUACACGUGCAGGUGUUAUCAUCAAGAACGUCGAAAUUAAUGUAUCCAUGGCUGCUGAGCGCUAUCGCAGAGCCUGGAACGCAUUAAGCGCUCUCGCACCUUCCCUUGCCAGGAAUGCGUGGAUGACAGAGCUGCCAAAGUUAGAGGAAGGGGACACCCGAGGGAUGGGAGACAGUGCGUUUGGAGAGUCGAGCGGGAACCGCACCUUGUCAUGGAUAUGGAAAGCGCAAGGUGUAGCUACUGCAGGGGUGGAGGGUGAGGCAGUUCUCUCGGAAGCUUUGCGAGUUGAAUGGUGUAGAUCGAGGGCCCGUGCCAACCGGUGGGUUGAAGAAGUGGAACUCCUGCUCGAAGAGAUGUGGCGCGUCGGUGCUUUUCUUGCAUGGCAUGCUGCGUGGUGGGAAGAGCAAGCCACACGAAGGGUAGGCCUAGAUGAUGCUUCAUUGGAAGGCAUCCGAGGCUAUGCCAAAUGUCAAGCGGCCCUGCGCAGGUCUAUGAGAGAUAUAUUCCUCUCUUUGCGAGUCGCUCGUUGUGCAGACUAA